AUGCACCGACUCCCAAGGGUCUCACCAGAUGUCUCAAUUCAGUACAAGCAAUGGACGAUUCCAAAAGGAGUACCAGUGGGUAUGUCUGCUUAUCUCAUGCAUAUGGACGGGGAUAUAUAUAAAGAUCCUUCCAAAUUCAUGCCGGAACGAUGGCUUGAUUCAAAGCCUCUUCUGGAUAGGAAUUAUGUGCCUUUUUCCCGGGGUUCACGGAAAUGUUUGGGUAUAAACCUGGCUUACGCAGAGUUAUACUUGGUACUUGCGGUACUCUUCCGACCAGGUGAGCCGCAGUUUGAGCUCUUUGAAACGGAUGAAAGUGAUGUUGUUCAGGUGCAUGACUUCUUACUUCCGCUUCCUCGGCUUGAUUCAAAGGGCAUCAGAGUGACAAUUAAUUAGCUUUGACUGAUGAAAGAGAAUAAGUGAGCAUCAUUAAGACAAGGCUUAGAGUUUUAAAGCAGAAGCAUUAUUGAAAAUUA